AUGCAUAAAAGACACUAUGCGGAUAAAGUGCAAGCCAAUCGUAAGAAACGGGAGGUAAAUUUCAGACUUCUGGAAGUUAGUGAAUCUAGAGACGAUGCUGAUAUUGUUAUACCGAAAGAGGUUGUUCAGCAAGUUCAGGAUAAGUUUGAAAAUGUCCUCUAUGGUUAUUUUUUAGGGGAUAGGUUGCCGUUUCCUGUGGUUGAAUAUUAUGCUAAGAAUGUCUGGGCAAAGUUUGGGUUUUCUAAACUUAUGAUGAACACGUCAGGUUUCUUCUUCUUUAAGUUUGAUUCGAAGGAUGGAUUGACUAAGGUUUUAGAAGGAGGACCAUGGUUAAUACGUAAAGUUCCGUUAUUUUUAAACGUAUGGUCACCGAAGGUUACUCUCAAGAAAGAUGGUAUCAAAACCGUGCCAGUUUGGGUAAAGUUGCACAAUGUGCCGAUCUCAGUUUAUACUGAUGAUGGUUUAAGCUUGUUAGCAUCAAAGAUAGGUGUUCCAAAGAGGUUAGAUUCCUAUACGGCUGAUAUGUGUGUUGAGAAUUGGGGUAGGAGUAGUUAUGCUCGUGCGAUGAUUGAAAUUAAUGCUGAUAAGGAACUAAAGGAUUUCAUUACGCUAGCUAUUCCUAAAAUGGAUGAAGACGGGUUCAUUAUGGAGCGGGUAAAGGUGGAAUAUGAAUGGAGGCCGAAACGGUGUAGUGCUUGUUGUUUAUUUGGUCAUGAUGAUAAUACGUGUAGCAACAAACCUAAUGGUAAGUCCAAAAUGGUUACCAUUGAUGAGGAGGGAUUCGUUACAGAUAGAAGGAAGAUGGCAAAGUACUCGUUCCCACAAAAAAAGCAAAAACCAAAGGUUGUGUAUAGACCUAAGGUUAAUAAAUAUGAUGCAAGUACUUCUGGUACGAAGGGAGUUAACUCGACGGGAAGCAAUGCUAAUGUGCAGGUGUCAAACUCAUUUGCGGUGCUCGAUAAUGACUUGAAUAAUGAGAAGAGGGAUCCUACUAGUGCCAAAUCCAUGAGUGAUGAGAAUAAUGGUAACCGAAUACAGCAACCGGAUGUAGUCAAAGAGUUGAAUCCGACAGAGAUGGCUGAUUUUAUGAGUGGUAACCUGAAUAAUAAAUCUUCUGAGGGGGCAAGCACUCCCGGUUACGAGGGUUUUUAA